AUUUUAUCACAUAAAUUCUUAUUUUAUCAUAUAAUAACUGAUACUAAAUUGAAAAAUGAACAGUCUGGGAGACGAUUGUAAUGAAUUGAAAAAGAAAUACGAUGAAUGUUUCAAUUUAUGGUUCUCUGAAAGAUAUUUGAAAGGUGACAAUGAUGAUAGCAUGUGUGCCCCAAUCUUUAAGGUCUAUCAAGAAUGUGUAAAGAAAGCCAUGCAAGAACAAAAAAUCGAAUUGCGUGAAAUAGAGGUCGACUACACCACUGGUGGCGAAUACAAUAAUAAAUCCGAACAGAGCAAAAGCUGACCCAUACUUGAUAGUGAUUAUGCCUCUUGGGAUUUUAAAUAUACAGACCAAAUGCCCUCUACAUCUCGUACAGAUGGUACGGCUGGGGGUAGUGGUAAUCGUGGUUUUAUGUCGCAUAAAAGAGGCACUUCUAUAUAAGUUAUUAAAGUUUGUUUUCAAUUGUCAAAUACAGUUUAUAUUAAUGGAGCUAUUUAACAAUUUUAAUACUAUGUACAAAAACAACAAAUUUUAUAGCACUAGCUUCAAUAUUAUUUUCUAUUUGUAACCAAGUUUUAAUAGGUCUUGUAUUCCAUUAAAUGAAAGAUCUAUUAAGAUGUUUUAGGAAUUAAAUAAAAAUACAUAUUUCAAGUUUAAAUGUAAUAA